UCGCUGCCUUCCGCUAGGUUUUUCUUCAUCCGAUCGGACCCUGCCGAGCGAGUUACCGUAGAUGUAUAACGGGAUAGGGCUCCAGACGCCGAGGGGUUCCGGCACGAAUGGAUACAUCCAGACAAGCAAGUUCUUCGUCAGACCACGCCCGUCCACUGCCCGCCCCGACGCCGCCAUCUCCGGAUCCAAGCCGGAAGGUGCCGUCCGGAAGCCCAACAAGGAAAUCCUAGAACAUGACCGCAAGCGGAAGGUUCGAUUGAAGCUUUUGAUCCUACAAGAAACCCUGACAGAUCAGGGGUACACUGAGGCCGAGAUCGCCGAGAAGCUCGCGGAAGCGAAGAAGACGCUUGAGGCCGAGUUCGCGGCCGCUGCUUCGCAGGAUGGUGGAAGCGGAGAUGGUCGGAGGGAUCGCCCUCCCCUCCCGAAUAAGAGGUUUGCGGGUACUCAGUCUCAUCAGAUUGCUGCUCGAAAGGAGAAACAAAUGGAAACAAUGAGAGCAGCUCUUGGCAUUAAAGAUGAACAGCAAGAACAAAAAAUGCUGGAUGAGGAAGACUUGGAGCCUGGUGAAUUCAUUGAUGAUAAACCUCAACAAGAGAAAAAAGAUAUGAUUUCUGAUGAACAUCAAGAUAAAAAUCAAGAUAGGAAGUCAGUGAAUAAAAUAGAAAAACAGAUGGGUGAAGCAAAGAACGAAAGUAGGAUAUCUAGAAUUGAUAAGUCAAAGCACAGAAUAAAGUAUUAUGCCAAGGGAAAAUAUGAUGAUGAUUCUGACAGUGAAAUCAGCAAAAGUAUUGAUGAACAGAAAACGAAGCAUCGAAGAAGUAAGCGACAGAAGUCAAUGGAUGCUAUCAAGAAAUGGGAGAAGCAAAAACAAAAUCAUAAUAACGAAACUAAUUAUUCUGACUCAGAUGGUGAUUCUUCUUCUGGUAACUUUGGUCGGAAACAGAUAGCAAAGCACAAGAAGAAACUCAAGGGUCAUGCCACAGGCAGAUUCAGAAGAUGAAUCUCACAAAAUUAAAUCUGUUCGAGGAUGGACAGGAACACAGACAUGAUUCAGAUGAAGAACAUCAUUUGAACCAAAAGCAGCACAAAAUAGAUCGGGAAAGAGCUAACAAUCAUGCUUCUACUAUUGUGAACAUAAAGAAAGAAGACUUGAGCAACAAACAGCAUGAAAGAAAAAGUAAAAGGCAUGACUCUCACUUAGAAGAUGAUAGUGAUCUAAAAAAGAGCAGUAGAUUGGAGAAGGGGAAAUUUUGUUGCAACGGACACUCUUUUACAGCCAAUACAAGCAAGGAUUUGAAAUUUUUGAUAAUAAAAGGUAGUUACAGGCGCUUGGCAGUCAACCGACUGCCUAUUGCCUAGGUGGUGGAUAGGAGCCUAGAUAAUCAACAUUAAAAUAUUAUUAAAAUUGGAUCAUUAUACUCAUGUUGCAGACUAAGCAAUCUGUUGUCAAUAUGCAUUUAUCAAUCAAAAUUAUUUUUCAGGCAAUCA